AGUGCUGGUCAUCGCUGCCACCAAGGACUGCCGAAGCAGCCUCCUCGAGUUCUUCAUCUUCCUCCAGGACGUCUAACAUAGACACCCCUUCCUGUUCCUCGUCAUUGUCGACCUCAGAGAACGGCCGCUUGGUGCCAGAACUUCCCGCCUCCGCCAUGUUGUGGUGACGGAAUGAUAGGUGGGGUCAAGGGUCAACAGCUGAUAAAAAAAGCGCGAAAUUAUCAUCCUAAUCAUCUGGGACUGGAACGGCACAGGACCGGGCAGGCUGCAUAUUUAGCUCCAAAACUACAGAAUUUCAGGAAUGGCCAUGGCAAGCCCCCUUGUGUGUUUCACGUUGCGCCUGGGUCCCGGGGAGGAGAUCAAGUCUGCGCUGCAGAAGUUUGUAGAAGAGAAGAGACUGAAGGCGCCUUUCGUGAUGACUUGUGUCGGCAGUGUCUCCAGUGCCAAGUUGCGGCUGGCUAAUGCCACAGCAGAAAAACCAAACGAGGUCAUUGAGCUGGACCAGCGCUACGAGAUUGUUUCAUUGGUGGGUACCUUAAACAACAGCUGCCAUCUCCACGUCUCAUUGGCUGACAAGGACGGGGCUGUUAUUGGUGGCCAUGUGAUGGGCAACCUGACCGUCUUCACCACGGCAGAGAUUGUGAUCGGGGAGUGCAGCAACCUGACCUACCGCAGGGAGAUGGACGACAGGACAGGCUUCCCCGAACUGGUGGUCAGCAAGAGGCUCAACCACCAAAUGGGAACUGAAGUCUGACCUUAAACUGCCUUGGCAUAUAACUAAGUCUGUUGCGGCAUUUAGUUAACCCACAGAAAUUGAAUAAUGAUGAGGGACUCAUGAAAAAUGCUUCCAGGAAAGAUAAUGAUAGGGUGUGGCAUCACAGGAUCCUACCCUGUGCCACCAUUGUUGGUUUAGCAUGAUGAUGAGGUAGAGCUUGUACACCAAGCUGUGAUUUGCAUGCAAAUGUGAUAUUGUGUACCUUAUGUAUUGGUCAGGAUUAGGGUGUUUUUUCCUGCAAAUAUGACAGAUUUAUGAUGAUGACAGAUUUACAGCAUCUCAAUUCACAGUUACUGUUAUGUGACUUUCACUUACCUUUUCCACUAUCUUAUUAUUCUGUGGAAAAUUGUCAUGUCGAGUGCCAGGCAUAGCUUUUAGAUCUGUGUAAAAUCAAGUUUGCUCAGUUUUAAUGUUUGUCAGUCAGUGAAUAUCAACAUCAAGCGGCACAGUUAGUUUUCUCUCAACCAGUAAUGUCAUCUUCAGACUAUACAUCAGGCUUUCACUGUCCUGGGCCUUAACCUCUACAUGAUAGUAGUUCUCACCUUAACCUCUACAAUACUGGUAGUUAGGAAUAUUUUCUCAACUUCUACAAUACCUGUAAGACAAUUGAGAGAUGUUUAUUUUGUGUUACCAGUAUUUUAUUUAUAUAUAUAUUUAUUACAAUUACUGUCAAUAUGUUUUGGUAUGGCAGUUGUUAGUCCAGUCGCAAGCAAUUUAUUGUUUGAUAGACAUUGAUGUACUGUACCAUAUUUUUAAACUUGCAUUAUUGGGUAGUCUUAAGGUAUAUAUUUACAGCGAAGUAUUUGAAUGUGCAUUCCUUUUGGUGAUGACUAUAAACACUGUUGACGUACUGAUACUAAGCCUUACCCAUUCCAACUAUCUUUCCUUGAUUUAUUUUAUGACAACCACCUUUAUAUCAUAUUGAAAAUAUUCCUGCUUCAAGGAUUCCUACUUAAAAAUGACUAAACCAGUACAUAGGUUUAAUGACUGAAGAUGCAAAGAGUUACUGAGGUGUUCUGUGUGCCUCUGAGUCUGAAGUAUUUCUAUCUUUACAUUGGAAGGUAAGAUUAGACUUGAAUGGAUUACUCCAAAAUAUUGGCUCCCAGCAGUUUCAUUCUGGGUAAUAAAACUGCUCAUCAGCAGAAACCAAUUUGUUUUAGGAUCUACUAAAAAUGAGAUGUGACACCUUUGAUACCACUUAUUUUACUUCUUUUCAUAGUGAUAUGAAUUGUUUAGAUAUAUGUACCUGAUAUUUCUUUUAGGGUUUCUUUUAAGUUUAUGCGUGUUUUUUAAAGUAUAAGGAAUUGCAUUGGCCACAAGUCCAGUUUUAUUGUUACAUCUUUAACAAAACUCUGAAGAAAUGAAAUUAACACGUAGGUAAUUUGGUAUUGUCAGUAUAGGAACCGCAAGUGGUACAAAAUGUAUGUGGCAAGUGACGCAAAAGCAUAUAUAUGACAUAUUCAUAAAAAAUGUGUGUUAAUGUUUUACUCAGAAGCAUUAGUACAUGUAUGUAGUAUUGCUAGUUCCUGAUAUAUAAAUGUAUGCAAUGUGUAAGCUUGCAUAAAGGUAGACAAAACGGUGGCAAAAUAACGGUGCCAAAAAGUUUAGCAAUGUGUAAGAUGUGUGGAAUGGUAUUGUUGCUCAGUAGGUAAAGUGAUAUGAUAUAUAAUUAGAUAUGCAUAGUAAGGCGACACCAAUGUAAUCUUUUGGUUCUCGGGUUUAUACAGGGCUCCACUGAAAAGCAGUAUUAUCACCGAAUGGGCAACCCUGUAUAAAUAUGAUGGAAAAAAAUUAAGUAAAUCUGGUUACUCAAAUGUUUUUUUGAUACGAGAAAUUCAGAUAAUUCAGGAUAUGAAUGGCAGUUGAAGAAAGUCCUUGUCUGCCAAGUUGUUACUGGGUUUUCAUUUAGCAAUGCAUAAAAAUCCAUUGUUUGAAUCAUUAACCAGCCUGUGGAAGCAAUAAAAAUUGGGUCUAUCAGGGAGUUUAAUGUUUCUUUCGCCUGCCUGCUGUAUUAACUUCCUAUAAAAAUCCGAGAACCAAGAAAUUUUACUGGGCUGGGUGUGGCCUUAGGUAAGUGAAACAACUGUGAUAAUGUAGGCUUGAAAAUCUUUUUUUUUACUAUCUUAUUGAUUGACUUGUCUGAAAUUUAAAAGAACAGUUGAUAUUGUACUUAUUGUUGCAAUAUCAUCAUGAUAUUAAAAUUUUAUCUCUAAUCCAGAACAGUUUCAAUGAGUAAUUUGGUACAUAAUGUAAUCUGUCAUUUGUAGAGGACAUCCUCCUAAUUAAUCUUCAAGCAGUUCCUAACUAAUGUCCAAGCAGAUUCUGUGGGGCAAGGGGAGUCUAUAUUGGCCUCCUGUAACCAUUGGCUGAUGGAUACAGAUGACCAAUAUAGACUCCCCUUGCCCCACAGAAUCUGCUUGAAAAUUACCAAACUACAUUUCAAUAUGUACACAGUACAUAUGAAUGUUAGUCUGAGAUUCUAUCAUGACUCCAUACUGAUCAGCUUGCCAAUCAACAUGCCAUUGCUAAAGGCCAUGCUAAGUUCCCAUAUUGAAUUCACAUCAACUGCUUGGUAAUAUUACCUGUCAGUCAUUUUUAAAGAAGAUAGCUAUGGUAAUAAUAAACACAGUAGGAGCAUAGUAGAUUUAAUACUUUCUAAUUAUGGAGUAACUUCAAAUCCAAAUGCUAAAAUCCACCUGAUGUUAGAGAUAAUAAUAGUAGCCUGGAUUGGUGUGCAUUCCCCCUUCACAAGAAGUUAACCAGAACAUUUCAAAGUUUGAACUUUUUCUAAAACAAUUUUUUUUCAAAC